UGCAUAGUUUAUUCGACCUGUUAAAUUGACUCGCUCAUUAUGUUAAAUAUAAAAUACAUUUUUACCAAAGAUACAUGUACAAACAGCGAUAAUAUAUCGAUACACUCAAAUAUCGGCUCAACUAUUAUAUUUUCUGGGGGACAAGGUUAGACCUAAUAUACUGAUACAAUUUAUAUAUUUUUGACGGAUUAUUCCUUGGCGAUCGAUCUUUUCCGCUCUGCUUCUGAUGAUUCAAGCCACUGUUUUGAAUGAGCUUGAACAUGUCCAAUUUCCUUCGUCUAAGUUCCCGAAGCCGCGAUAUCAAGAAAAAUUGCGACGCACAUCGAAAGAACCUCAGCAAGUCAAGUGACCGUUACAAGUCGCCAUCAUUCUGGUCUAAAAUACUGUUAUGAGAUCCAUUUGGGAGUGUUGGAACCUUGUAGACUAGAACUGCAGACCAAUCCUGCCAAGGAGUACGUAUGUACAAGAGUAACUUGGCACACAGAAACCGUCACUAAACUUUUUCUCUGAUAUUACAUGAGAGGGCAAAUAUUUGCCCGCGGCUAACACCUCCGGUUAAAAAUAUGUUCCACGCCAUCUCGCGGAUCGAAUUUCUUUCCCUUUUUUCGUGUUAUCACGAGCGCCAUUACAUUCUUCACUUCUGUGGUAAGCAACAUGUCGAAUAAGUAACAUGGUACUGAAAAACAAAUAAAGAGAAAACCAAAACAAUGAAGAUUUUUAUAAUGGCCAGGCUUUCAAACAACGAUCGAUAUUCGAUCUGAUCUCUUGCAUCAAAAGACACGUGCUAAUUGAUAUGAUUUGCCGCAACAAAAGACAGUAGUUUGUAGGAAAUCACAAUAACGUCAAUGACAGGUAGCGUUGACAGCUAAUAGGGCUACUCAUUUCAUCAGACAUCUGUCAACAACUUGAUUUGUGAGCACCUUUUGCGACAAAAAAUUUACCCUCCAACUGAACGCGGUGAUUCCCUUUUCUGUCGCCGACUAAAUCUUGUGUCAGCUGAAAAACAAUUCCACCGCAAUAGAUUCUAAGGUUGUUGAAGGAACUACUUCACAAGUAUACCCACUAAUUUACGGAGUCUCACAGGAUGACAAGUAUUUAUGACAACACCGUUUGCGAAGUGAAAAUACAGAUGCCUAUUCCUGGUAAUCCAUUUCCAAGAAGUUCCAGACGAGGAAAUUAUCGGGUAAGGACCAAAGCGCACCCUUUCCGCCACACAGAUUGGGAAGAGCUACUAAAGAGAGAGUGGAAUAAAAGGGCACCUCCCCUCUCGCCGCUGGAAUGGAGGGAGAAGCACGCUAGAAAUACGAACGCUGAGGAUUACUGUGAGUUUCUCAUGGGAAGGAGAUGUGGCAGAAGGCGCAGGUUGCUUUUCCGAAGUGGCUAUUACUUAACAAUUCAACCGGAUGGGAGCGUCAAAGGAACAAAGCAGAAAGAUUGCCCUUACGCGAUUGUAGAAAUCUGCUCAGUGGGAGCUGGCUUAGUGAAAAUCGCAGGAGUAGAGACGGAGUUCUUUCUUACAAUCGAUGAUUCUGGAACUCUACGUGCCACGGACGCUGACAGUGAGGAAUGCGUUUUUGAGGAAGUGAUGGUGAAGGAUUUUUAUAGCGCUUACAAAUCAUACGCAUAUUCAAACGAACAUUGGACGGUAGCAAUCAACGACAAGGAUGGAAGAGCGUAUUCUGCUCGUUGCCAAGGACUUAUUGAUUCAGAUCUUGAGGCGCAUUCAUUACCUGAGAUGAUGCCUGAUAGCGACGCAUCUUCGGACGAGGAGUCGACAUCGGAAACCCGAACAUCACUCGAGGUUGACUCGGAUACAUCACGCUUUAUCGGACUGGAUGCAUCACGCUUUCUAGAGCAUCAAACUUCGCGCCUCUUUGAUCUUCUCAAUUUUGAUCUUGAAGCGUGUUUAAUGGCUGAGUUACAAGAAGACGAGGGUCAUGCUGUUGUGUUUCCCGAUAAUGAUGCUGACAUUGGACCAUCUCUGUCCGAGAUUCUUCGCGAGUUAGGAACCAGUUUAUAGAGAGCGCAAAUAGUUAGCCUUGGAGCGCGCCCAUGACGAGGGAACCCGAUCACAAUUGAUUUUGUUGUUGUUGUUUCUUUUAAGGGGCCAGCUGAUACUUUCGGAGUUAGAAGGAGUUUAGAUUUUAAAGCGCGCUCUAGAAAAGAGCAAUAAUCUUACUGGCCAGUGAUAUGAUGCCUCUAAACUGUCACAACUCAUCUGUCAUGUCUGCAGAGACUUGGGGUACGUAGGGAUAGGAGUUUUCAAGGAUCCUUUCGUAUCUUUUCUCUCCUUCGUUUCAACGCGAAACACAGUUGCAUUUUGGGGACUUGACUGGGAUCGGAGGAUUUUGAUUGUUUCACAGAAAUAGUUACUUGAUCCUCCUCCAAGGGUCUGUCGCACUCCAAUUCUCAUGAUCUGCCCUUACUGGCAGUAAAUUUUUUAUAGACCCCUCCCCCUUUAUAAUCUGUUAGCGAGGACUGAUCCUCGCGCUCCCACUGGAAAACCAUGAGAUCCAUCCAAAAUCCUCCGACCCUCCCAUCCCCGGCGAUAAUAAUGAUAAUAUUUUUGUAUAGUUCCCCCCCCCUUUAUACUCUGUUAGCGGGGACUAUUCCCCCCUGUGUUCUCCCUGAAAACCAUGAGUUCCACCCAAAAUCCUUUGACUCUCCCUACUUCCCCCCCCCCCCCCCCGAGAUAAUAAUGAGUGGUCCUUAUAAAGCUCUUUGAGACUAAAUGACAUGCAUCCUGGGUCAGUUUUUAUUGCUCGUGGAUUAGAUUUUGGAAAUAUAUUCAAAAGCUGGCGCAAUAGGGUUAUUUUAGGAUUCUUGGAACUUUCUUUCUCUUGUGAUAAAACUGCGCUGUAAACAUGCCAAAGGUUUAAAUUUCGUGUUUUGCUGAAAUAUGUUUUAUAUUUAACACACAAAGUUUUUUCUCAAAGUGUGUCACUCUCUAAACAAAUAACUGUUAUGUUAUCAUUUGAAAGUUUUUGAAAAUAUUUCUCGAUUACCGGUGGGUAUUAUUUUGAAUUAAGAGCUUAUUUAAGUUAUAAGAAUGCUUUUAUCGCAAAGGAUUAUAAUAUUUGUAAUUUAACUAUGUAAAUAAAUAGGUUUAUUUGUGAAAUAAUAAAAAUAGA